AUGACACAUGGAGAAUGGCACAGGAGAGUGAUUCAGGAAAGGCAGACAUGGAGGUGGACAGGAACAGAGAAGGACAGAAGGAAUGAGACCAUAGAGAUGAGGAAAGAGGAGGAAGGAGUGGUGGAGAAAGGAAAGAAGACAAACUCUAAAUGGUACACUGUGACAUGCGUCUUUUCUCUAGCUUCUGUCCUAAAACGCUGGAAGUUGAACUGGUGUGACCUUUGGAUAGAUGGGAGUCUUUGCUUCUAUAAGACCGACAGCAGGCGAGACCUGGAGCAUCGCAUCAGCCUCAAGACAGCAUGCAUAGAUGUCAGAUCUGGCCUGGAAUGUGAAGGUGCGACUCCACCAGAGAGUAAUCCCAGGGAGAAUCUCAUUGUGGUUCAGCUCGCAAGCGGCUCGUCAGUCAACCUGUGUGCCAACAGCGAGGAUGAAUCCAUAGCGUGGAAACUGACUCUGCUUGACACCAGGAGAAACCCGGUGUUCACGUACGACCCAUACGAUGACUCCUACCAAGCUGUCCCUAUCAACAGCCACCAUACUGUCUACAUCACACCUGGAGCGGGACCAGGAACCCACCAGGUGGUUGUUCAAAGGGACCCAUUUGAUGGAGUGGCGGAGCAUCUAGCACUGGGAUUACUGGCAGGCAUGGCAGCAGGAACAGCCAUGCGAUCCUUCCUUUGGAUGCCCAUCUUUUUCUGCUGAUGAUCUCCAUUACUGACAUGACAACACCUUGCACGGCAUGUUUGUCACCACGGACUGGGAGCCUGACAUGAGCAUGUGUAGAAAGCCCCCACCCCAUCUCCCAUGUAGCAUCUCUUUUCAAAUCACGUCUGCUGGAACAAACUGCUGAUCUAUCGGUUGUUAUGUUUUUAUUCAUAUGUGCAUGUUUGCGUAUAAGACUUAAGAAGCUGAAAAGCACUAUGUAUUUAUGUGUUAUUCCUGCUUGUAUAGCACAUGGAAUCUACUCAUGAGCAUUUGCAAACGCCAUGAAGUCAAUUUUGUAUCUGAAUGUUCUUUAAUCUGCUGCCUGAAUUUUACACCUAAGAGAUUGGUAAAAGUGUAGCACGUACUUGGAAAUAAAUUGAUGUAUUAAAAUAUAAUUAGGGAUGGCAAUCUAAAAUCAUUGUUUGGUUGCAUACAACUAAUAAACCAUGAAUAUAA